AUGGGCCUAUUAUUGGACAGAGCUCUAAUAACGCCAACCAUUAUUGGGCUUCAGUGUUUGCAGAUAUUUGCCUUUAUGUGGUUGAGCUUCAAGCUUCCAUGCCGUCGUGGAUGGCUGGUCGCCGUAUUUUUAUCUGUAACCGACUGCAUCUUUCUCAGCCCAGUAACACCAACUUCGAUAUUCUCAACAAUCACCAUCACAGGAGUGCUGGAUAGUCUUAUCUCCAUGGAUCUGCAGGACUUCCUUCUUCGCGCUCGAGUCUUGAAGCUUUACAGGCAAGCAUUGAGGAUUUCUGCUCGAGCCCCUACUGCUGCUAAAGAUGAACUGAGACAGACAAUUAGACAAGAGAUGGAAAAUAAUCGGGAUUGUAAAGACAAGCAAAGGAUCCGAUACCUGAUUAGUGAAGGAAUGGAAAGAUUGAAACGACUGGAUGAAAUGCUUGAUAUGCAAGGUCACUGAUGAUCAAAGUGAAUAUGCACCGAUUGAUCCAAAUUCCGUUGGCCUUAAGAGUUAUGAAUCAAAAAAUAUGAACUGACAAGUAUGUAAAAGCUAAACUCCUCUGAGAAUUCAGUCACAGGGGUUGGACAGAAGGAUGACACCAGAUGGAACUUAUUUUUAUUCCAUUAGUCUUUUGUUUGUUUUGAAAGUGAAUAUUGGAUUUUCAAGUUCCAAACAUGUAUUCUAUGUGAAAUUCUUCAUAUGUUAUCUUGAUUACAAAGUAUAAUGGGCAUAUCGUCUCCCAUCAAUGUUUGACAUCCCCAUUCCAAAA